AGGAAGGGGCUGGCCUGCUGGGGAGCGCGCCGCCGUCAGGGCCGCUGACGCUGAGGCGGGACGUGGGCCUCUGGCUCUGUGACCCCAAGCCAGCCCCUCCUGCCCUCUGGAACCUUCUGUCCGCUGUGGGUCAACUGAGCAUGAAGCCACCGUGAGAUUCUGGGCUACUUGCCCUUCCUUGUCCACCAUCUACUUCCUCUUUGUCAUCUUUGCCGGGUCCACCAUUUUCCACUGCCUCCAGCGCCUGGCCCGGGUGCCCGCCCCCAGGCCUUACCGGGGUCACGUGGUCCUGUUCCCCAGACACCUGCCCUGGGGGGCCAUGUCCACCAUCAACUCCAAAGGCCGUCUGGGGAACCAGAUGGGGGAGUACGCUACCCUAUUUGCCCUGGCCAAGAUGAAUGGGCGGCCGGCCUUCAUCCCGCCCCAGAUGCACAGCACGCUGGCCCCCAUCUUCAGAAUCACCCUCCCCGUCCUGCACGACACCACGGCCAGCAGAAUCCCCUGGCAGAACUACCCCCUGAACGACUGGAUGGAAGAGCGGUACCGACACAUCCCGGGAGAGUACGUGCGCCUCACCGGCUACCCCUGCUCGUGGACCUUCUACCACCACCUCCGCGCCGAGAUCCUCCAGGAGUUCACCCUGCACGACCGCGUGCGUGAGGAGGCCCAGAAUUUUCUGCGGGGUCUGCAGGUGAAUGGGAGCCGGCCAAGCACCUACGUAGGGGUCCACGUGCGCUGGGGGGACUAUGUCCACGUUAUGCCCAACGUGUGGAAGGGCGUGGUGGCCAACCGGGGCUACCUGCAGCAGGCCAUGGACUGGUUCUGGGCUCGCUACCGCAGCCCACUCUUCGUGGGCACCUCUGGGCUCUGGGCCACCUGCCUCACGGGUGGGAACACCGUCUACCUGCCCAACUCCCCCUUCCACGUGGUCUUUAAGCGCCAGGUGGCCUUCCUGCCGAAGUGGGUAGGUACCGCAGCCAACCUGGGGCAGGCUAGAGAGAAUGGCCCCUAGCCCUGCUGUCCCUGCCUCACCCUUGGGCCCAACAGCAGUGUGUGGGGUGCAGCGCAUGGGCUUUCACGCCUGAGUUUAAAUCCAGGCUGCUCUGCUUCCUAGCUGGGUGACUUUGGAUAAGUGACUUAACCUCUCUGUGCCUUAGUGUGCCACCUGAAAAAACGGACAUAAUGCAGCUCCUCGUGAGAAUGCAACGAAUUCAUGUAGUGUCUUGGAAACAGGUGGUAAGUGUGGACCACUAACAUUUAUGUGGUUGGCAUGCCCUGGACAUUUGGACUGCUUUGAAAUGGAAAUGUAUUUUUGCCCUCUGCUUCUUUAUAGAUCCGGGAGCAUGGAGUCCAAAUACUUGGUACUUGCCUCCUUGGAGGGUUUGGCGAUGAAACUCUUCCUGCCUUCAAGUAAAGAGGAGCUGGGUAUUUUUGGCAGCUAAGAAUUCAGGCUUGGGUUUCCCUGGUGGCGCAGUGGUUGAGAGUCCGCCUGCCGAUGCAGGGGACACGGGUUCGUGCCCCGGUCCGGGAAGAUCCCACAUGCUGCGGAGCAGCUGGGCCCGUGAGUCAUGGCCGCUGAGCCUGUGCGUCCGGAACGGGAGAGGCCACAACAGUGAGAGGCCCGCGUACCGCAAAAACAACAACAACAAAAAAAAAGAAUUCAGGCUUUGGGUUUAAUGGGGCCUUAUCAUGAAAGAACGUGAGGGAAAAGAGGAUUUGAGAGCAUGAAUCUCAGGGAGAUACUUUGGCGGGGAGGGGGCGUCCCCAGAACUGAGGAUGGGGCAUGGGAGGGCCUCACAGUGAGGGCAGGACUCAGCACCGGGCCUUGGUCCGCAGCAGCAAAGAUGCCCAGAGCCCACAUGUCAUCGAAAAAGCAGGCUGACCACAGAGGGGCAGGGGCCUCAGAGACCGUGCCGUGGCCAUGUCAGCAGUCACGCGUGUGGACAGGUGCCCUCAGGACCCAAUGCCGCUGUGAGAAACCCCAAUAUGGAGAAAAGAUUAAGUGAUUACAAUACUCGUUUUCUUGUGUUUGGUAUAUUUUAAAGUAUGGAGGUAACCAAUAUUUUUAUUGACAUACUACUCCUUUUUGUAAAUUAAAA